AGAAAAGUCCUUGGACGCCCCGCUACCCUUGGUCGAGCGGCUUCGUAAGAUCACGCUCCCAAGGGACGAAGAGGACAGCCUGAAGCGCCCAGCAGGUCCUCUUCAGGCAGCUAAUCUCGAGACCCCAGGCUUUAUCGCAUCCCAGGAGGGGCCAAUUUUAGUAACAUCAUCAAGGCAUGAACCUUAUCGGCUGCGGCUCACCGAAGCGCUCUAUCUGAGGAUGGCAGAUUGGACCUUCCUUUCCAUAAACACCAAAGAACAAGGAGCCUGGCCAGUCCAAGGAAAGGAGCUUGUCAUCAUCGGGGACUGUAAGUACACCCCGCAAGAGGUCGAGAUUCUUCCAGGGGUUCUCGUCAACAACCCCAGAGAUCUCGUCCUCUGGCUGCGCUGCACCCAUCCACCCACAUUUAUUCCUAAGGGACAGGUGAUCGCACAAAUCAUCCCUACCCGGGGACCGAACAACACCCCGGUGGCUUGCCCUGUGCAAGCCAUCACUGAAGAAAGGCCCCAGGUAGACUGUGAGUUCAGGGUGGGCGGGGAAACAAUUAACAUCACUGGCCUUUUAGACACGGGGGCAGAUGUGACUGUUGUGCCAGCCCAGGAUUGGCCGUCACAUUGGGCUCUGCAGGACGUGGCUGGACACGUUCAAGGUGUCGGAGGGUUGCAAUUGGCGAGACAAUCCAGGAGCAUAGUGCAAAUUAAGGGGCCAAAAGGACAAUUGGCUAACAUCCGUCCUUUUGUUUUAGAUUAUAAGGAGCCUCUGCUUGGCAGAGAUCUCAUGUCACAAUGGGGGGUCAAAAUUGAUAUACCCGACCCCUCAGUGGAAAUUUCCGCAGCGUCCAUUGACGAGCGUCCCACCAAGAAACUUAAUUGUCGGCAGGUGUGGUCCCUCCUGGGAGAACGUUUAAUGGGCGCCCUUGAAAUAGAUUAUGAUGAGGAGAUUGCAGACUUGUUGCUGCAGUGGAAGUUAGUUGAGUGGGCUGUGUUUAGGUCGACGCCCCCCAGCUCGCAGGCUGCCAGCCCCGUUUCAAAGCAGGACGGGGAACUGGAAGGGGGGGGGGGGGGGAGUGUCAUUAUAUCAGACCCAGAGGUAUUGUCUGAGUCCGAGCUUCAGCUCCUUUGUGAGACGGACUCUCCCCCUCCCUCCCUCCCUGUCUCCGGUCUCGCCUGUCCCCGCGCCACGGAGCCACGGGAGCGGGGUGGGGCCGCCUCCUCUCCAUGCCUUUCCGGCACUGGGGGGGGGCCCGGGGGUGCAGCCCCCACUAUCGUUUGA